CGGGGUGAUGUGUGUGCUCGUGCUCGGGUUGCUGCUUGGCCCACGCGCUGAGCUCACGGGUCCCGUCGGUUAGUGACGUCUGUGUCCCCUCCGCUACCAGUGGCCCCCUGCCAUAUAUAUUCAUGCCGGGCAAGAUGGCGGCGAUACGGACGAGGUGUUAUUGCCAGUGGACAUAAACAGGCGUUUUAUUCAAAAUACAAACCCGACACGGAGGCGUUUACACCCUCGGCCGUGCUGCGUGUGUAUUUACCGGGCGACGAGCGUCGACGUGUUUUUUAUCUCGCGCGUUUUCAACGUUUAUUUUCCCAACAAGAUGUUCACGUUGUAGCUCGCUCGCUAACAGAGAGCAGUCGCUAGCUAAGCUAUCUAUCACAGCGGAGAAUGGGAGAAAAGCUGGAGCUCAAGCUCAAAUCGCCGGUUGGAGCAGAACCCGCUGGCUACCCGUGGCCGUUACCAGUAUACGAUAAACAUCACGAUGCUGCUCACGAAAUCAUUGAGACCAUUCGGUGGGUGUGUGAGGAGAUCCCAGACCUCAAACUGGCAAUGGAAAACUACGUACUCAUUGACUACGACACCAAGAGCUUCGAGAGUAUGCAGAGGCUUUGUGACAAGUACAACAGGGCCAUCGACAGCAUUCACCAGCUGUGGAAGGGGACCACCCAGCCCAUGAAGCUGAACAAGCGUCCUUCCAACGGGCUGCUGAGACACAUUCUGCAGCAGGUGUACAACCACUCGGUGACAGACCCGGAGAAGCUGAACAACUAUGAGCCUUUCUCCCCUGAGGUGUACGGAGAGACCUCUUUUGACCUGGUGUCUCAGAUCAUCGACGAGAUGGAAAUGAUGGAAGAUGACACUUUUGUUGACCUCGGCAGUGGAGUGGGGCAGGUAGUGCUGCAGGUUGCAGCAGCAACCAACUGUAAACACUACUACGGCGUAGAGAAAGCAGACAUUCCAGCUACCUAUGCAGAGACCAUGGAUAAAGAGUUUAAAAAAUGGAUGAAAUGGUAUGGGAAGAAACAUGGGGAGUACACACUGGAGAGAGGUGACUUUCUGUCUGAAGAAUGGAAAGAAAGGAUCGCCAACACAAGUAUUAUUUUUGUGAAUAACUUUGCCUUUGGUCCAGAAGUAGAUCACCAGCUGAAGGAGCGCUUUGCAAACAUGAAGGAAGGUGGGAAAAUUGUAUCCUCCAAACCUUUUGCACCUUUAAAUUUUAGAAUAAACAGUCGAAACUUGAGUGAUAUUGGCACAAUAAUGCGUGUGGUGGAGCUUUCUCCACUCAGGGGCUCUGUGUCCUGGACUGGAAAGCCAGUUUCCUACUACCUGCAUACCAUAGACCGCACCAUACUUGAAAACUAUUUUGCUAGUCUCAAAAAUCCUAAACUCAGGGAAGAGCAAGAGGCAGCUAGACGACGUCAGCAGAAGGAUACGAAGGACAGUAAAAGCAAUAGCACCACGCCUACGAAACCUAAAGAACAAAACAAGCAGGACUCUUGUGGUGAGGAAGAGCGUCCUAGCUUGGUGACAGUGGUCAAGCCCUCUGCCAAACCCCGAAGAGCCCGACUCCUGUCCAAAGGUCGCAAGUUGAACAACAAGAAACGUGGUCGACCCAAGAAAGCCGCCCCGGCCGCUGAGAAGAAAAACAAGAAGAACCAGAGCGCUUUGGAUCUGCUGCACGCCAAGACCCUUUCUGCAGCACCCCCUCAGGAUGCAUACAGGCCACCUCAGAGUCCCUUCUACCAGCUACCUCCCAAGGUCCAGCACUAUCCCUCUAGUCAACUGCUGUUGAGCCCGACUCCUCCUGGUCUGCAACAACUGUUAGAUAACAUCAAAGUUCAAUACCUCCAGUUUAUGUCCCACAUGAAGACUCCUCAGUACCGCUCCAACCUGCAGCAGCUUUUAGAACAGGAGAAGCAAAAACACAGGGACCUGUCAGGGCAAGCAGAGCAGCUCCACUCUGUCUGUCAGUCACACAAGGACAAGAUCAAAGGUCUCUUUCAGACCAAACUAGAUGAGCUGGGAGUGAAAGCCUUGACUGUGGAGGACCUGCUGCAGGCCCAGAAGGAGAUAUCAGCUCACAAUCGUCAACUGAAAGAGCAGACUAAGCAGCUUGAGAGAGACAUGGCCUUGCUGAGAGACCACAGCCUGCUACUGCUGAAGUCUCGAUGUGAGGAGCUGAAGCUCGACUGGGGCUCUUUGUGUCUUGAGAGUUUGUUGAAGGAGAAACAAGCGCUACGCAGACAAAUCUCUGAGAAACAGAGACACUGUUUGGAGCUACAGAUCAGCAUUGUGGAGCUGGAGAAAAGUCAAAGGCAGCAAGAGCUGCUUCAGCUCAAGUCCUACAGCCCCUGUGAGGGUUCCCCAUACAGGAAGAGCCUGGAAUCGCGCUCUUCCACAGACAUGGACUCCUCUAAGCAUGGCCUGUCGUCAGCCCCAGCCCUCAACGGUGUCAGCCCAGAGCUGUCUGUCAACGGCACCAGCUCACCCUGUUUUGACCGGGCCAACACCAAGGGCGAGCUUCUUUCUCGCUACUUGCCCAUCUCCCCGGACCACGAGAUUGUACCUGCCACCCCUGAUGCCCGUCAGAGGCAGCAAAGUUCCUCGUAUGCUCUUCCAGAUUACACGCGCUUCUCCCCUGCCAAGAUUGCCUUGCGGAGGCAUCUUAACCAGGACCCUACUGCCUCUGCUCACUUGAGAGGUCCACUGACCGCACACAGGGAAUUGGGUGGUGUUAACUCACCACUUGGAGCCAAACAAAACUGCCCCUCUCCGAAUGCAUCUGAUGCCCAGAAUACUCCUAAAAGUUCUGAGAGGGGCGGUAAGGAGAGGAGCCCCUCUGUUCAGGGUGACAACAGCAUUACGAGCCUUCCAAUAAGUAUCCCUUUGAGCACUGUCCACCCAAGUAAACUACCAGUCAGCAUCCCUCUGGCCAGUGUGGUGCUGCCCAGUCGUGCUGAGAGACUGAGAAGUACUCCCAGUCCUGUGUUUCAGGCAGGUCAGACCAACGGAUAUUCAGGGCUGAUGAAUGGAGGUCCCCACCCUGAGGACCAUAACGGUGCUUCUUCAUCACCUCCUCCACACAGCAACACUCUUUUGACAGGACCAAUGGGCCGUGGAGGUCCCAUCCAGAGCCCCCCACUGAGCACUGGAGGGGUGCUCCAGUAUGCAGAUGGACCGCCGAGAAUUCUUCCAGAAGACGGACAGGAUCACCAGGGAGGUGAAUCCGACACGGAGCCCCAGGACAGUGAUCUGCGGAGGAGAAUCUUCUUCUCGUCCUCCUCCUCUUCGUCAUCGUCUUCCUCUUCGUCAGGUAGCGGAGGCAGCGUGGCCGGGGGAUCACGCCUCCACCAUCACACCGGCAACUCAGCCAAGCAGGGAUACCACAGUAACCAUGGAAACCACCACCACCAGUCCCCCGGCACACAGCACACUCACCCGCCCAUGCACACGUCGUCAUCACACUCCUCUCACAGCCUUGGCUCUCAAGAGGGACGCAAGCGGGGGAGAAGGAAGCGCAGCUCUGCGAUGGCUGUCACAGCCAGCGGAUCCCCAAAGAGGAGGUCAUUCCCCGGGCUCAGCUCCAACAACCACUCCUCAGGAUCGCCACUCAACAUUAACUCCAUGGUGAACAACAUAAACCAGCCUCUGGAGAUUUCUGCCAUUUCCUCCCCAGAACAAUCAAGCCGAAGCCCAAAUGGGCCGGACCUGGACCAGCCUCCCAUCUUGAAGAGAGAGCGCCCCCUUGAGCUCAACGGCACAGGUCGCUACUCCUCAGCCCCCAGCUCUGAUGACGAGGACUCAGGAUACCCUGCAGACAGCAGAAUUGAAAGAAAAAUUGCCACUAUAUCUUUGGAGAGCCGAGAUGGACCUGGUAGACUUGGGGAUAGUGAAAGAGGCAGGAAAUCUGGUACUAGCAGUGGCAACAGCACAGGCAGUGAGGCCUCCUCAUCCUCGUCCUUGUCCUCUACCAGCAAGUGGAAAUCCACCUUUUCACCCAUUUCUGAUCCCAAGCAACCCAACUCUGACCUGAGACAGGGGGGUUCUCCAUUCGGCAUGGGGGGGUCAAGCCGGGGCACAGACUCAGACUCUGACCACAAACAACAGCAUCAACAGGUUAGGAAAGGGAGUGACGGAGAGUCGUCCAGCUACAUGACCACCAACCCCUUCCUCAGUCAGGAGGCAGGGACCCGGGGUGGAGGCGGCAGUGCCGGUGCCCAAGGAGGCGGCGGUUCAGACCAACGCCAGGCUCUCCAGAAGCAGAAGACCCCUCGCGACUGGGAGAUGAAGACGAGCAGCAGCCUGGCCAGUCAGAACCUCUUCAUAUCUGCCGCCGCCAGCAGUGGAGGAGGCAUACUGAGCGGGAAGGUGGGAGGCAGUCCUGUAGCAGUUUCCUCAACCACAGGAGCAUCUGUGGGACAGUACCUGGGCUCUCAGUUCCCACUUGGAGGGACCUCAGUCUUACAGUCUUUGUUCGGGGCCCAGACAGGCGGAUCCACGGUGAGUGGGACCCCGCGGCUCGUCAAUGGACACUCUGCCCUGGGAAGCUUCUCCAGUGCUGGGCUGGCAGGGGGAGCGGCUGGAGGUAUAUUUCACCACGUGGUUCCCACAGUGUCCUCCCAUCAGUUUGGGGCGACGCUGCCCGCCUCUGGAGGCCUCAGCUCUCUGCUCAGUCUCUCCUCCUCUUCCUCUACCUCCUCCCAAACCCAGCAUCACACCACUCCCCAACCAGCCUCCACGCGCCUGGCCUCCGUGUCCUCACCUCUGCCCCACUCCCUGUCCCAGGCCCAGCACAGCCGCAUCCAGUCAGUCCUGCAUAGCCCUUCUCCUCCCACGCUCUCCCUGCCCCCACCUCCACCCCUGCACAGCGCUCCCUCCUCGUCCUCGACACCCACGCACUCUGAUGCCCCGACAUCCUCUCGAUCUGACUCCCUCCACUCCUCCCGUCUGUCCCACUCCUCUCUUCACCACCAGAGAGCACAGUCAUCCCUCUCUCUCUCCAUCUCCUCCUCCACCUCUGCCUCCUCUGCUUCUGUCUCUGCUGCCGCAGCUGCUUCCCUCUCCUCCUCUUCCUCCUCGUCCCCCUCCUCUCUGUCAACCUCCUCGUCUCGUCCAUUCGCAGUGCACUACUCCCCACGGCUGCCCCCUCCACCACCGGCCAGCAGCUCAGGUGGUGGCGGGAGCAUGUGGAGGACUCAGGGCAUGCAUGGUACCUACACCAGCUCCCAGCUCCCUGGCUCCCGACCUAGAUAGGGUUUGGGGGUUAGGGGAAGCAGUUAGGGGGGAAUGGGGUGGAGAGGGGAAGGGCGAAGGGCAAUCAGGGUGGAAAGGGGGAGCGAAUGAGAGAGAGAGACUGGUAGGGAGUGAGAGAUACAGGAUAGCUGUUUUCUCUGAGCUCCCACGAGCUGUUGUUCUGAUUGAACAAGGUAAUUGAUGAAAACUACCUCAACAUUAAAUAAACUAUGCAAAUGUCCAGGUGUGGACCAAGGCACUCUCCUCACUCACUGGUGCUUCAAAACGUCUGCACUACCCAACCGCCUCCAAGACCGGCUUCUGUACUGGGAUCACACACACACACACACGCAAAUACACACACACACACAAAUACACAAAGCAAAUACACAAAGCACCACUAUGGUCACCUUGAGCAGAAUUCACAGGUACUGGUCACGUUCAUGUGUGGAGUGUUGAAAUAUUGUUAAAAUAUAGAAAUCAGUACCGGCUGCUGUCCAGCACUGAACGAGCGGAAUCAUCCAAGAUGUCUGAUUUAACAUUGAGGUGCUCAGUAGUUUGAUAUUUUGUUAUUUUGUCUGUCUUCGUCAUCAUCAUCAAAGCAACCAGUGCUCAGCAGACAUUUUUAUUAAUUUAACAACAGAUCGAAGCACACAGUCCACCUUUUUUUAAGCUGAAUGUCAUCAAGAGUCACGUUCCCUCCAAAGUUUCACAUCACAGACAAACACACACAGACCAGUUCACUGAACUCUGCUCAGUUGUCAUGCAGUUCGCCUCUCUGCACGUGUGCUCUCUUAUCUCUGUUUUCUUCCUUCAGUGAAAUCCAAUAUUUGUUGCAACAGAGUUAAAAAAAGAAAAAAAGAAACAAGAUGAGGAACUUUUGGUCUAACUUCACACUGGAUAGUAAGAUACAGUUACUCGUGCAGCAGAAGAUGUACAAGUCCUGGCUGGUUUGUUGACACCCCUUAAACUCUGGUUAUGUUGAUGAUUUACGAUAUUUUUAUAUUUAAGAAAAUAAAAAGUGACAAAAGUUGUACAAAAAUUGUAAAAUGCUCUUCUGUCUGUGCCUGUUUGGCACACAAAACUAAUAUUUCCUCUCUCUCUUUUUUUUUCUUUUUUUGCUACUAACUGGCUCAAAACCAAUUCAGUUCACAUUAUGAGUGAUUAAAAUAAUUCUUCAGGUGUGCUUCAGUAUUUCUCUUCUAAUAUCAGAUAUUUAACAUAUCAAUGAAAGUAUGUGUUUACUUAAAAUUAGCUUUUUGUGACAGUCAUCAGACGUAUGUAAUGUUCUCUAAACGAAGCGGACUGAAGAAUGAAGUUCGAAUACGCGACAAUGUUCCGAGUAGUGAAUUAGCAACAUUUCAAGGGGUGCCAAUAAUGCUGAGCAGAGCUGAGUACAUUUUCAUUAAAAAAAAAACAAAAACAAAAAAAGACCCCAUGAAAUUAAUUUAAUGAGAUGGUGCUCUCUGUAGACGCUCUUUAGUAGAAGAGUCGUGGCUACGCUGUUUAGUGCUUUAGUGAAGCUCAAUCCAGGUGUAAACGAAAUACAGAUUAAACUCCUUUUUGUAUUUAUUAACAUUUUUCUUCUUCAAGUCAAAUUUGGGUAAAAAUCACACUACCAUGUGAGACCGCAGCAGGAAUUUUUAACUCUUCUUAAGCUAAACAUAUUCAUAUUUAUCUCUGCUGUUGGGACGUGCAGGUUUAAGCAAACGUUUAGGACUCACAUGUGGUCACACACUCAUGCAUGCAAAUCCUCACACACACACUUCACACUGAGAAAAACAGUUAACCAUAACCACAACAAACUACUGGACUCUCUUCACACCUUUUUGUUUGCUUUUUUUUAAUAAUUAUUAUUAUUAUUGUGUAAUUUUUUGUAAACAAUGUUUGUACUGUGAAUGUGAUCCAUUCUCUGACUGUAAAGUUGUGUAUAAUUUAGAUUAUUAUAUUUAUGCCGUCAGUCUCUCCAUUUGCUUCUUUUCUUUUUUUUUUCUUUUUGUUUUGUUUUGUUUUGUUUUUUUUUAAAUCCUGAAAUGUGUUGACAUGGUAGAAUGCAAUAGUGUGUGUACUUGACUCACAGUCUGAAAACAAUGGUGCUACCUUUGGACUGUACCUGAUCUUAUUUAUUCUAUAGUGAAAACAUCAAAACAAAUCGAAUACUUGGUGCUGUACACAGGGACAUUUGUAAAGCCUCUUUUUUUUUUUUUUGGCAUUUCCUUUCUCAUAUUUAAUAUGUUAUUUGUCUUUAAAUGCCUAGUGUACAACUGUAGACACCACCUUUUUUUUUUUCUUUUUUUUAACGAUAAAACUACUCCAGCCACAGCUGGCUCAGAGUAAACAGGUAUGAGGACCUCUGUUCAUGUUUCUCACGCCAUAGAUUUAAACAUAAGUCGGCACGCUUUGCUCUCAAAAGCGAGCUGAUUAUCUG